UUGUAAACAAGAUCGAACGAAGCUACAACAGGAAGGUCUGCGGAGGUUUAAGUCCCUGGUCUUCCCAAUGGCUGCGUCUGGCCCUGAAACAAAACCUUGGAUGGAAACUAUCCAUGUGGCUGCAGAGUUUGGAGAUAUCGACACAGUGCGUCGACUGCUAGAGAGUAAUAUAUGCGGCGUAGACGAGAGAGGGGGCAUAACUCGUUAUGGGCGUCGGACACCUCUUCAUUGCGCUGCUCAGGGUGGUCACUGCGGCGUAGCAGCUCUCCUCAUUCAGCUAGGAGCUGAUCCUUGCAGUACAACCUGUUAUGGGCGUACACCGCUUCAUUUUGCUGCUGAGGGUGGUCACUGCGAUGUAGCAGCACUACUCAUUCAGCAUAGAGCUGAUCCCUGCAGUAAGGAUAUGAUGGGACGCACACCUCUCCAUGACGCUGCUAGCUGUGAUGUCGCAGAUUUACUCAUUCAGCAAGGAGCUGAUUUCCGCAGUAAGGAUAUGAAUGGUUUUACACCUCUUCAUUACGCUGCUUUGGGUGGUCACUGCGAUGUGGCAGCUCUACUCAUUCAGUGCGGAGCUAAUUUCCGCAGUAAGGAUAAGAGUGGUUGCAUACCUCUUCAUUGCGCCGCUAGCCGCGGUCACUGCGCUGUAGCAGCUCUACUCAUUCAGCACGGAACUGAUGUCUGCAGUAAGGAUAAGGAAGGUUAUACACCUCUUCAUUACGCUGCUGAGGUUGGUCAGUGCGAUGUUGCAGCUCUACUCAUUCAGCAUGAAGCUGAUAUUUGCAGUAAGCAUAAGGGUGGCUGGACACCUCUUCAUUGCGCUACUUGGGAUGGCCACAGCGAUGUAGCAGAGCUUCUCAUUCAACGCGGAGCUGAUCCCUGCAGUGAGGACAAGGGUGGUUGGACACCUCUUCAUUGCGCCGCUAGCCGCGGUCACUGCGCUGUAGCAGCUCUACUCAUUCAGCACGGAGCUGAUGUCUGCAGUAAGGAUAAGGGUGGCUGGACACCUCUUCAUUGCGCUGCUUGGGAUGGUCACAGCGAUGUUGCAGAUCUUCUCAUUCAGCACGGAGCUGAUCCCUGCAGUAAGGAAGAUAAUGAUCGCACACCUCUUCAUCAUGCCGCUAGUGGCGGUCACUGCGCUGUAGCAGCUUUACUCAUUCAGCACGGAGCUGAUGUCUGCAGUAAGGAUAAGGAUGGUUGCACGCCUCUUCAUUCCGCUGCUAAGGCUGGGUAUGAAGCAGCUCUCCUCAUUCAACAAGGGGCUGAUUCCUGCAGUAAAAGCAGAGGUGAUUUGGAACGAAGUGGUGAAGUGCAGUUGCUUUUAAAGAAGUUUGAAAGUGGUUAUAUCCAGCAAUUCAUGAUAACGAAGACGCUGGAGCAUGUCUCUGCCGAUAUGAGCCUUGGGAUCAAUAAUAAUUUCCCUGAUGAAGUUCAAAGACAAGCCCAAGGGCUGAAAGAUUGGAGAAAUGCAAAUAAUUUCAAAACCAUUCAAGAAAUAAAAGCUGGACUUUUAGCUCAAGGACGCGAGGAGCUUUGUGAACUUGCUGCAGAACAGUAUGCUACUGUCGUCAUGAAGAUCAUAAAUAUGUCUACGGAACACUACCAAGGUUUUUGUGAAGGACUUUCAACAGCCCAGUUUAUGCUUCAAGAGCGUCAACCAGCUGCGUUAGAAACACAAAGCCAGGAAAUCGGCAUGGAGCUUGAAUCCUACAAAUAUGAUGCGUUCCUGAUUCACAGCGGUGAGGAUAAUUCCAAAGUCGAAGAAGUUUUGGAGCAGCUCGAGUCACGUGGAAUCCGUUGUUGUUAUGCACCACGUGAUUUCCAACUUGGAAGAAGCAUAUUUUCUUGCAUAGAUGACGCCGUGGAAUCGUCCAGGUGUACUGUUGUCAUGGUGUCUGAGAACUUUAUGAAAAGCACGUGGUGCAAGCAUGAACGAGAUGUGGCCGAGGUCAAGGCAAGGGACACGGAAGGCUAUUUGAUGAUUCCUGUGCUUUUGGACUUCGAACCCUCGGAUUUGCCACGUACUUACAAAGCCAGGAAGUUCGUCCGUGCUGAUUGCCAAGAUUUUAUUCCCAAACUGGCCAAAGCUAUUGAAGGUCCGACAGCUGCUCCAUGCUAUGGCCAACUCCGCAGAGAAAAUGAAGCAUUGAAACAAGAGAUGGAAGGGAUGAGUCAGCAACUUGAAGAUUCAAACUCAACGAUUAGGCAACUGCGGGCAAAUUUGGAGUCGUUUACACUGUAUUAUUAGCAGCAACAUAGAUAUUAUAUUAUAUUCUCAAAUGCUUCACUGAAAGGAAAUGUUGGUUAUUGUGUGACCUUUUUAAUAUUGACGCCUUUAAUUGUAAAUGUACAAUUAAACCCCAUUCUCACUCGGCGUCUCAUUUUUUCUUAGUGGUACAUGUAUAUGUUACGUAUACGUACGAUGGGCGUAGUGAGUAAGGAGACACUGAUCUUAUACUUAUUAAUAUUCUCUAACCACAGGGUGCGCUGGUAGUCCUUAACAAAAAUAUUGAAAGCGACCCUGUGGUAUUUGGAGCAAUUUAGAAGAACACGUUCCUCGACAGACAUACUCUUUAUAUUUAGCCGGGUGGGGGGUGAUUUCACCUUGGUUCUGAGUAUCGCACAUGCCAGCCUAUGGUAUGUAAUGCAAGUAAAGCAUCUAAAGCAUUGACAUGCUCCAGAUUCCCGCUGAAUGAUUACACAGAACACAGCUAUUACCUCCCCCCCCUCUUAGUUGCAGAGGGCGGGUGGGGGAUGGGGCAGUCACAUUAUCCCAGACUGUUUAAGUGUAAUCAUUCAGCGGGAAUCUGGAGCAUGUCACAGAAUCCCACAGCGUGAUGUUCUAUAGUAUUUUAGGGGGCCCUUAUAUCAGAGGGAAACGUUAUCGUAUGCAUGUAUGUAUGCAUGUAUGUAUGUACUGGGGUAACAGUAGUAUAUGUAAAUGUACAAACUGUAUGUAUGUGUGUAAUUAGAAAUGUGUCUUAACCACCAUUGGGUCAAAUAUUUUGCCAUCACUUGUAUUUUACUUACGCAAAUAGUCUCUCUCUCUAUGCCUCUAUCUCUUUUUAACAACCAUCAAAUAUCCGUUAUAGCAUAAUACGAGUAUAUUAUUCAUCAUUGUAACAACUUAAUUUUAAAUAUGGGUGGCGUGAAUUUUAGUGACAGAUAUUCAUGAUUAAGUAAAGCAAAACAAAACAAACAAACAAAAAAAAAAAAACGCAGUGAAGAGAUAAACUGUGCGAAAUAAGCUUACAUGUUCCCGGCUAAUAUAAAAAAACAUCAUUUCAUUUCAUUUGUAAGAAAAGGACAACCAAAUUACUUUUAUAUGUGCAGAAAAAGAUGCGUGGUAAUUCUGAAGUUACGUACCGGUGUGACAGGAAUGGAAGUCCGCUAGGAACCAUAGUCCGUCCCCCAUUACUUUGAACAGGUGACAUUCGUCUCAAAUACUAACCCCAAUAAUACUACGACUAACGCUAACCUGAAGUUAUCAUAUGGGACCUCGGACUUCCUUGCCUAUAGGAUUGCCAUUCCUGUCACACCGGUGUUAGAUACAUGUACAGUCUUCCAGUAGCACAAUUUUGAUUUCUUUUCUAA